AUGAGCGGGGGAUCCUUCGGGUAUCCUCAUCCCCCUGACGCGGUCAAGUUUCAGAAAUACUUCAACCUUCGCUUCGAUACGCCAGCCCCACUAUUGCGAACACACCCAGUUGAGAUCUUUUACAUGCAGGAGCCCGAGCGCAAUUUUGUGGACGCAGCCAUAAACACUAUUCUAAUGAAUCGUGCUGAAGAUCCAGGCAACAUACUACUCUUUCUAACAAGUGAAGAGCAAAUUGGGGAUGCCUGCAAGAAAAUAAAGCUGGAAGCAGAUGAACUAGUGAACUGGCAUUCGGAGGCCAACAGCAGCGGAUCCCAACCUCUGACUCCGGGCGGUCCUCCCGGUCCGAAAGUCGUUGUGCCAACCAACAUUGCGGAGACAUCAUCAACUGCUGACGGCAUAGUUUACGUCGUCGAUGCCGGCUUCUUCGAGGAAAAAGUAUAUAACCUCGUGCACGGGUGGAGUCUCUUAUUGAGACGCCUGCCUCGAAAGCUUCGGCUCAAUAGUGGGGUGGUAGAGCUAGCAGGAUUCGACCUGGGAAGUGCUUCUGCCUACACCACGCAUCCUGAUAUCUCGAGCCUGUGCAACUUGGCGAGUACGGCGCUGGAGCUAUUCAAGCUAGGUAUAACAGAUCUCGUUUAUUUUGAUUACUUGGGAAACAGGUUGGUCUACAACAAAUUUGGUCUCCAUGCGCCACAAACUUUGGUCUCCAUGCGCCAUCCAAUGUUGGACUCAGUUUGCGAAGAUCAACGAAAUACUCUUACUAUGCCCUAUCAAUACCUCGGCACCCCCUCUCAGUCGGCACAUCUUUGA